CUCCCUGUGUGACGUCAGGCCGGGGACCUCUGGUGAGCGAGUUGGCUUGGAUGCCAUGAACGACGGAGUUGUGACUGUGGCUCGGCACAUAAAACGGGAGAUGGAUGACAAUACUGAACAUGCAAGUGUGGUAGUUGUAGAAGAUGGAAGUGGAGCAGUUCCAGUAACGCUUGAGCUUUCCGAUGGGACUCGUGCCUUAGUCCAUAAUGCUAUAUCAGAGGAACAUCAAGAUGAUAUGGAAGGAGUUGCUAUUCAGUUAGAUGAUGGAAGGAUUGGCUACCUGUAUGGUGAUACACUCCUACAAGCUGUGUCAGAGGAGCAUGAUCCACUUCUGACCCACAAGUUCGUCUGUUGUUUUCCAAACUGUGAAAAAUCAUAUACAUCUUUAAAUCAUCUUAAAACACAUCAACGAAUUCACACUGGUCAGCGUCCACAUGUAUGUGAUAGAUGCCAAAAAUGUUUUACCACUGGAUAUGCUCUCAAGUCACACCUACGCACUCAUACUGGAGAGAAGCCUUACCAAUGUCCAGAGGAACAAUGUGGCAAGUGCUUCAAAACUUCAGGCGACCUACAGAAACAUGUUCGAACACACACGGGAGAGCGUCCAUUUACAUGCAUGGAGUGUGGUAAAUCAUUCACAACAUCAAACAUUAGGAAAGUACAUAUGCGAGUACACACUGGAGAAAAGCCAUAUGAAUGCGAGUAUGAAGGUUGUGGAAGGAAGUUUGCCUCUGCAACAAAUUACAGGAAUCAUUGUAGAAUUCAUACUGGAGAAAAGCCAUAUGUGUGCUCUGUUGAGAACUGUGGUAAGAGGUUCACAGAAUACUCUUCCCUAUACAAGCAUCAUAUGGUCCACAACCAACAGAAGAGGUAUUAUUGUAGUCAGUGUGGAAGGUAUUAUAGACAGCUCUCUACGUUAGCAGGUCAUAAACGGACUGUUCAUAAUAUUCUUGAGAAUGACAAAGAGCAAGUUUUGUGGAUGACCCCAGACCUACACAUGAACUUGUUAACAGAAGAUCAAGAUGGAGGUGAUGUAAAUUCUCAGGAAGGGGCUACAGUUGUUUCUGCUCCAAGUACAUCUGCUAAUACAAGGACAGUUCAUAUAUCACCUGGAAUGGUGAUCAAAAAGGAGCAGGAGAUUGUGCCAGGCACUUUACUGAACACCCAACUAACCAUAGAAGAGUGUAUUCGAAUGCCAGGGGUAGAAGUAAGCAAUCUUAUAGCUGGAAACCCAUCAAGUGACAAUCUGUUGCCAGAUGAUCGAGGGUCAGCCUUGACUAAUCUGGAGCUAGAUGGAAGUGGGAGUGGCUCUAUCUUUGUGUUUACUGAUCCCUCACAACUGGCAGCACUUCAGCAGUUGGCAGUAGCAGGUGGAGCUGUAGGAGGAAGUGGAGAUGGAAGUGUUGGAGAUACUGUGGAAGUUAUAAGGUUAGAUGACUUUACAUCAGUGGCAGAAUCCACUAUCACGGAAGGCUUGACGGAUAGUAGGAGAAUAAGACAGAGUAUCUGUGAGAGCAAAGGAAAAAUUAUAGUAAUAAAAGAAGAAAAAAACUAGACUAAAGAAAAUAAAUUAGCAACUACUGAACAUUAAAAGGUUAUUGGAUCAAAAAGUUUGUAAGUGUCAGUGACCAGAGUAGCCUGACAGAGCACUUGGUAGUGUAAUGGUCAGUCCUGUGGAUGCCUAACAAAUAUAAAUAUGUAAUAACCUAUAAAACAAUCGAUUACAGUAGCUUCACUUUAACUCGUGACAGCAGGUGAAAUAUCAAGGAAAAUGCUGCUAUGAUAAAGGAUAAGUGUGUUAAUGAGGCUGAAAAUACUUCCCUAAAUUACUAGAGCUUUAAAGAAAUUAGAGUUCAGUAUACAGGUAUAUCAAAUUCUACUAAAUGUAACUAAGCUUCUUAAUAUUUUGAGAAAGAUGGUAUAUAAGGUGUUCAUCCUUAUGGUCGUCUGCAAUUUUUUUAAAAAGCAGCGGCCAACCAAACCCCUCCUCCAAAAGUUCUUUAUCUGAUCAAAAUAUUGUUUUAAACUAGCUUAUAUGAAUCAUUCCUAUUUCCUAAUAUCAGCAGUAUAAAGUUACAGCCUCUUGAGGGAGAGACUUUUUCUCUUGGCCCAUUUCAUUAUGUAAGAGUGGGUAUGAUAUUUUACCUGCACAGGAAGAUCAGUGACCUUAUUUCUAUAAAACCUGGUAGAGUACAUUUCAUCCCUCCCACCCCGUGACAUGUUAUGAGGUACGAGGGCAUCUGCCAUGGGGUAGAUAUAUAUUCUGACCUCAGUUAUCACAUUUAGCCCAUUUCCUCAAGACUAAAUACAUGCUACACCACUGCUUGACCUGGGAUGGCAGUCUUUGGCAUCGGAGAACCUAACCCGGGUGGAUGUCCAUUCAGAUUGUAAUCACUGCCACAACUAAUGAAGGGAGUUACUCUGCCUUGAUCUGUAUUACAGUAUAUCAGUAUCUUAGUGAGGAACCAUUACAUUUACUUGUACUUUGUUUUUUGUAACUUUUAUAUAUGCUGCGUAAAUGAAUCUUUUUUUAUGGCUUGUACACAUUCUCACUCAAUAUAUCUGAUUAUCCUGCAGAAUUUCCUCAAUUUAAUGACCAAUAACCAAGAGAGAAUCCUCCACUGACACCCUUCACCCAUAUAUUCCUUUGCCUUAUUUGCAGCUAUAGCUUGUCCUCACAAAUGGCAAUAAAAAAAAAUAAAAAUAAAAUAAUAUAUAUAAUUUUCUCCCUGUGUGUCUACUAAAUUUUAACUUGAUCAACUACUUGCAUAAAAUUGUAAUUUGAUUUCUUUAGUACUGUACUGUAAUUUACAUUAGACUUGGUAAAUUGGUAUGGCAAGGGUGUCAUUAGAUGUGGCUAGUUAUCAUAUUUCUGAAAAUAAUCCACUGUGGUACAAUUUUAUAUGAUUUAUAAUUAGGGGACAAAUCAAGCAAUUUCUAAAGCAGAAGCAGACUUAUAUAAGGUAGCCUUUCCUGUACCUAACAUCUAGUUUACUUAUUCCAUCACGCCAUGCAAGUACGUACUCUGCUGUCACCUUUGUUUAUUAUUCCUUUUGAGGCUGAAUGGAUACUUUAAAAACAACCAUAUGAAGUAAGAAUUAAAAAUUUACUCAACAUUACACUUUCAGCAGUUAUUCAUCCUCUUACUACUUCCAGCACAUGCUCAAUUCCUCUUUGUAGAAACUCUUCACUGCUUCAAAAGCUUUUGUCCUUGCUCUUUAUAAACUCCCUAAUCACAAUACUGUACUGUAUACCAAUUCCAUCAAGUUUUAUGAGUCCGCUUUAUGUAAAGUGGGAGGAUGCUUAAAGGAUACUGAUAAGUAGAAAAAUAUUUUGACAAUAAAGACUACCUACACAAUAAUCUUUAAUUUUUAAUAAUCUCAUUGAGCAUUGCACUCACAUUGUCAUCUGAUCCACACAGCCACGUCUAUAAAUAAGUAUUACUGUAUUGUGUUUUUAAUAAUGAUGCAGACAAUAAUAUAGUCCAUAUCAUCCUUGUGUAAACUCCGUGUUGUGACUUAUAAGUACCUAUUAAUUAUGUAUACGAUAUUCCCUAUAAAGUAUUAAUGUGUCCAGUGACUUGACCACUUUUCCAUUCAUAUUCAUCAGUGAAUGAAAAUUUUUGUGGUUAAAGAGCUUCCCUCCUUAAUGAAGGAAUACAGUAAUUGAAAUAUGGUCAAGUGACAUAUUGGAUAAUUGAAAUGUAAACCUGGAAAAUGAAGAAUUUGGAUCUAAAUGAACUUGCAUCUAUAUGUUGUAUUUACGAGUCUCAUAAUUGUAUUAUAUUGCCUUUAUUUUAUUCUAUAUCGUACGUAUUAAUUUAGUAUAAUUAACUUAAAAACAACACCGUAUAUGACAGGAAAUAAUGGAGCCGAAUUAGGGUAAAAUCUAUAUCAGAUAUAUGGAACUUUAUCCCUUAAGUACUAUACAGUAUAUCCUUGAACAUUUUGUUUUUGUUUUCCUUUGUUAUUUGUGGAAUUAUAAGUGAGGAAAAAAUUCAAGGAUUAACUUUUCCUUAAUGAACAAUUUAAAAAUCACAUCUUACUGAGGCCUGUACCAAAAAUCAAGUUUUGGACCAGUUAUCUUAAAUUUGAAUUCUAUCAGUGUCAAAGAAAGAAGGAGUUUAACACAAAACCCAAUCUCUAUCUGUCGUAUCCCUUAGCAUUACCUUGUACCGUACAGUGGCCACUCUUUUUACAGUACAGUAUUCAUUUUAGUGAUUUUUCUGUCAGAAAUCAAACAUGAAACAUUACAAUGAAUAUACUGUAUAGAAUGUGUUAAUUUGAAAUGCUUCACAUAAGGUAAUAGAGGCUAGAGUUUUUCAUCUUAAACCCCAUCACUACAUUGCUGAUUCUAGUUCCUUGUCGGGGAUUGUUUCUAAUCAUCUUCAUCUUGAAGCCCAGAGUUGAUGGGAACCCUUGACUGGGUAGUUAGCGGCACUGGUUUAUGUAUUUCCGUCCCAACCAAAUUUGUUUACAGAAUUACACAAAGUAUUCAAUGUAAAGCAGUGCAUUUGUUAGGCUUUUUGUAUAUGCUUACUUAGAUUGUUAUUAUAUUUUCAAGCAGUUGGCUCUUGGUCUAGUAGGGGCUUGUGUGUUAUGGAAAUAGCUCUAGUUGCUUUAUCUCUCUCUCCUGUAGUUCUUGAAUGAUUUUGUGACAUGAAUGCAAAGUUUAACCAUACUGUACUCUGAGCACUGCUCCCUACCUGAAGACACAACAUUACAAACACAGAUUUUGUGGAAAAUGUAAAAUAUUUACGUGUACUCAGCACUGUACUAUAAUGGGUUCCAGGUUUGCAAGGAUUCAGAAACAAUUUACACCACAGAUUAUGUUAUCAAUUUUUUUUGCUAAUGUGCACAUAGGCAUUCCCCAGGUUACAGAAGGGUUCCAUUCCUGAAAACCUUUCUGCAAUGUGAAAUUCGAUAAAGCGAAACCAUUUUUCCCCAUUGACUUCCAUUGUAAGUUAAAUGCUUUCCUACGGAAAUUUUUUGAGGCCCAAAAAGGUGACAUGAGCACAUAUAUGUAUGAAAUCAGAUGGUUUUAACCACAUACAAUGAGUCAUUCAUGAUGUAACAUGAUAAUAAAUGAACAAAACA